AUGUGCUCGCGGCAGCCGCCAGGCGAGCUUGCAUGGGGAAGGGCGCCCAGGAGACGAGGGGGCGCGCGCAACGCUCUGCCGCAACCUUGGAAACUCCGACUCGAUCAGAGGAUUUCCGGAAAAUCGGUUCGGGCUCGCCUGGUCACAACGAGGGCGCCCCGCGGCCCUGGGCGGAGGUUCGAAACGAUGCAGGCGGGCGUCGCCUCGCGAUCAUGGGCGCCAGACGUCGCAGACCGGCGACGCGGUCGUGGAACCCGCACCUCGCGGCGGCAACGACGCGUGGCCGUUCGCGCCGCGCAGACGGGCACCCGUGACGAUUCGGACGACGUCACGGCGCGGGACGCCUGGGCUGACCUGGGGCCCGCGGGACACCGACGGGGCACCAACAGGAUCGCUGAGACCUCGGCGGCGACCGCGGCUGUGCCCGCGGUCGACGCACCGAAAUCCGGGCUCAAAGUAGACCCGAUCACCGCGGCGGCGGGCGGGACAGCGCUGGCAGCCGCGGGCGUCGUCGCCGCGUUGAGAUCCAACCCGAAGGCUACGGAGGAGCUCGUGCACCUCAAGGAGCUCAUGGAGCACCGGGCCGAGGUGCUCCGAGAGUUCGGCACCGGCACUGGACGGGAGAUGUUCCCCGUGAUCCGACGGUACGCCGAGCAGAUUCAGCGCAGGUACGACGUGCUGCUGUUGCCGAACGGCGUCGAGACGAUGAUUUACGCCGAGAUUGUGAAAACCGGCGCCAUCGGCGCGUACGAGUCGUUGUACGAUAACGUGCGGAACGUGAACCUGCUGGGGCACCCGCUGAAGCUCAAGACGAUCGCAAACCUUGGUCACCAGCCCCCGGUUCCCAAGGUUAACAUGGAGGACUGCGAGGAGUUUGUCACGAGCGUUUUGUUUGACGACGAGGACGAGAACGUGGGGCUCGGUAUCAUCCCGCGGCCGCUGGAGGUGCAGAUAUACCGCAACGCCAUGGUGACGGCCGUGUACCUGAUGGAGGACACCCUGGAGCACUUUAACGUCCGGUUCUUCGGGACGCAGUACUCGUUCGAGUUCGGGCGGCCGGACGAGGGGUGGCGCACGAGUAAAAACCACCCGACGCUGAGCGACUCGGCGCUCCGAAGACUGGUGAGGGAGGAGAUCCAGGCGCCGGCUGUUCUGCGCCUCGCGCCCGGGGUGGAGAAGAACGCGGGUAAGGUGGCGGUGGCGCUCGCGGGUGAGGUUGUGGGCUCGGCGGAGAUCAACUUCCUCGGCCUGCCCCUGCGUUUCAGCCUCCAGCCGGGCGGCGACGAGGCGUUCUCUUCGGACAUUGGCCGGAUCCCGAGCCUGUCCGAGGCGGGCAAGCUCGUCCCGGGCGGCGGCGAGGUUCUUCCCAACUUUAACCCCGCCACGGCCGUGAUCAAGCAGAACGUGUGCUCAGAGACGUUGGAGAUUAUCGAGAACUACGUGGAGCUCUACUUGGAGAGCAGGCCGAAGCAGAACAUAAUCACCAAUCCCUUCUUCUUCAGCAAGAAACUGGAGAGGGAAACGUACGUCGGCUUCCUCUCCGCCGUCAUCGGAAGUUUGGAAAACUCGGUGAUUUGUGAACUGAUGGGCAUGGACGUGGUGUUAAACGUAGGUAGCGCGGCGAGGGACAAGAAGGGUAAAAUAAAGCCCCCAAACCUCAGCACCUUCAAGGUUUCGUCGGACUUUGGCGACAACAGACGGGAGAUUGAGGAGCUCGUGGACUGGCUCAUGAAGGACCCGAUGUACAACAUCAAAGCCGUGCCCGAUAACAUCGAGCGCGCCAUCUACUGCAACGUGUUCGAACUGGUGACGAACAUCCUCGCAGGAGCGCUGAGCUCGCUCGAGAUCGAGAUUCUUGGUCGCGCGGUGCGACUCAAGCUGAGCGAGGCCAACAAGCGGGACCGCGCCGACCUCGCCAAGCUCAGCCGGUUCAGGCCAUCCAACGAGGUUUUACAAAAGUUUUCAGAAAACUUCAGCGCGGUGCCCGCUUUACAAGAGGUGAUGAUGAACGUGUACGCGUUCGUCCUCGCGUUCGUGUCCUACGAGCUGUCGAACGUGGACGUCAAUCUGGUGGGCAGAAAGCUCCAGUUUUCGCUCGGCGUGCCAUCCGAGGUUGACGAGCGUUUGGCUGCGGAGAAGAUGAAGGAGGAGAGCGAGUUCAACGCCAGGUUGCGACAGGCGCUUAACACCCUCGUGGAGGAGAUGGUUGAGGCGGCGGAGGAGAUCAGCGGCAAGGAGAUUGACGUCAACCUGGAGAAAAUCGAGGAGUACGAGCGGGAUGUUCUCGCAAACGUGGGUCUGCGGGCGAGCAAGGUCAAGGACGAGGUGUGGAAGUUUGCAAGCGGGGUGUUUGGAUCCAGGGAUGACUCAGAAGGGGCCGUGGCACCGACGACGGGUGGUGCGUCGUCGUCCGCUGUCAGCAACGAUGACCUGGACAGCGUCAUCUACAAGACCUUCCUUGCGCAUCACUCGCCCGCGAACAAGGAGUUUCCGUUUCCAUACCUGAGCCCUAAAGAUUUUAGGUUCGCGGUUAGCGACCUCGUGAAGAUCGUGCGUCCCGGCGGUGGCCCGGAUGAUAAGUUUACGGUGUCUGCGGCUGCGGUUCAGAAGGUGGCGAACGCAGCGGACAUCAACGGCGAUGGGGUGAUCCAGUGGGCGGAGUAUUACUUCGCGGCGAAGGAGCUAUCGUAUCUCUUUGAGGUCAAGACACCGUGAUGAUGUAUUCAAAGAUUUUUUAGACCUCUAUUUUCCGCUCUCGUCAUCGCCAAAAUGGCCAAUCUCCUUCUCAAUCGCGGCGGGCGGCGGCGCGCUGGUCGCGGGGAUGGAAGGGGCGUCUGCGUAGAUAGGCGGCAUGGGUGGCGGUGGAGGAGUUGGGGGAGGAGGAGGGGGAGGGGGGGGAGCCAGAUCUGAGGGAGGAGCCCGGGGCUUCUCCCUCUUCUUUCGGAGCAUCCCCCAUACCUUGGUCAACCGCCUCUUCCGAUGCGGCACCCGGUGCGCGUGAUCGUCUUCGACAUGAGCCGGUUGUGCGACGCCGGGCACCAUGCCGUCGUUGGGAGGCACGUUCGGCCUCUUUGUGUGCUCCAGCGACUUCAGCCUUCUGGUCACGGCGGCCCCGACCCUGUCAACCUCCUUCCGCAUCUUCUCCAUAGCCUCGCGCGUCUCAGCCUUACGCGCCCUUGCACCCAGCGCGAUGAUGACCACGCCCGCCGCGAUAGCCUGCGCGCGUCGCCUCGGCUCCCGCAUCGCCUCCCUGAGACCGUCCCGCGCGGCGAUGAAUUUCGCCUUUGCCUGACCCGGCGCCGCCUUGACUGCGUCCAAAAAUUUGUUUCCAGAUUCCGCGAGAUCCUCGAGCGUCUCCAUGGGCGUCUCCCACGAGAAGAAACCGUGCGUCUUUUCGUGGUGGGGCUUGUCCCACCACGCCAU